AUGGGGUCAAGUUGGAUUCUUUGUGGGUUGAAAGGUUCAGUCUCGACAUUAAAUGCCUGCCUUGUUGCCAAUGGACAGGAUCUCAUCUACGGCACCCCGCGUUUCCACGCACAUUAUCCGGACAAAGACACCAUUUCCCGCCUUUUACUCUCAAAGAUCUCGGCCAUCAAUCACACAGCAGACAAGAACAGAUUUCGCGUGUUGAUACCCGGAUUGAGAGGCUAUCCAAGGUCGCCGGUUGCCUACGUAACCCACGCGUGGCCCCCGUCCAGGCACAUCUCGAAGUUGACUUGGAGAAGGACUUGCCGGAUGAGGUUUCGUGUGGCUUUGAAGAGCUGCGAAGGGAUAUUUUGA